AUGAGCUUUACACCACCACCACCUGUGUUUGUUGGAGAAAACUACCACAUUUGGGUAGUAAAGAUGAAGACAUACCUCCAAGCAUAUGAUUUGUGGAGUGUAGUCGAGAAUGAUGCUGAACCACCUCCAUUGAGGGCCAAUCCAACCAUUGCACAGAUGAGGCAACACAGUGAAGAGUGUGCCAAGAAGCAUAAAGCAAUGGCCUGCUUGCAAAACGGUCAAAGACAAAGCAACAGCAACUUAUCAACCUUAGGAGAGACUUUGAGACUUGGAUCUUAUUCAAAGGUUGUGAAGGCAAAGAAGAAGGAUACAGGAAUAGUGUAUGCUUUGAAGAUCAUGGACAAAAAGUUCAUCACCAUGGAAAAUAGAACAGCUUAUGUAAAAUUGGAACGUAUCGUGCUUGACCAACUGGACCAUCCUGGUAUUAUGCGACUCUAUUUUACAUUUCAAGAUAAUUUCUCACUAUACAUGGCACUUGAACCCUGUGAAGGUGGAGAACUUUUUGACCAAAUAAACAGAAAAGGUCGGUUAUCGGAGGAUGAAGCUCGGUUCUAUGCUGCAGAGGUUGUAGAUGCUCUUGAAUAUAUACACAACAUGGGAUUGAUGCAUAGAGAUAUUAAGCCGGAGAAUUUGCUUCUUAUUAAAGAUGGGCAUAUCAAGAUUGCUGACUUUGGCAGUGUAAAGCCCAUGCAGGAUAGCCGAAUAACAGUCCUUCCUAAUGCAUCCUCGGAUGACAAGGCCUGCACGUUUGUGGGGACAGCCACUUAUGUUCCUCCUGAAGUCUUGAACUCUUCUCCAGCAACUUUUGGAAAUGACCUCUGGGCACUAGGCUGCACCUUGUACCAAAUGCUUUCAGGGACUUCUCCCUUUAAAGAUACAAGUGAAUGGCUUAUAUUUCAAAGAAUUAUAGCCAGAGAUAUAAGAUUGCCAGAUUAUUUUUCUGAAGAAGCCAGAGACCUCAUUGAAAAGCUAUUGGAUCUAGAUCCCAGUAGACGACCAGGUGCUGGACCUGAUGGUUAUGCCGCACUGAAAACGCAUCCUUUCUUUAGGAGAAUUGAGUGGAGUAAUUUAAGAACACAAACUCCUCCUGAACUUGUUUUAGAGACAGGGGGUGGAUCAAGUGAAGGUGAUGAUCGUAGUGAUUCAUCAGCGAAUCCUACGCCCACUGGAAAUGGCUCAGCCAGACAGAAUGAUGGCAGUAUAACUAGACUUACCUCAAUUGAAUCCUUCGAUUCAAGAUGGCAACAGUUUUUGGAACCAGGAGAAUCUGUUCUUUUGAUCUCAAUGGUAAAAAAGGUACAAAAGUUAACAAGCAAGAAGGUUCAGCUUAUCCUUACCAACAAGCCAAAAUUGAUAUAUGUUGAUCCUGCAAAAUUAGUGGUGAAAGCAAACAUUAUUUGGUCCGACAAUUCUGAUGACCUCAGCAUCCAAGUCUCAAGUCCAUCACACUUCAAGCUUUGCACACCAAAAAAGGUAUUUUGGUUUGAGGAUGCAAAACAAAGAGCAUCCCAGUGGAAAAUUGCAAUAGAGGGCCUUCAAAGCCGGUGAAGUGAGCUGUCUCCCGGUGCAGGCUUCUGCUGCUUCAUAUUAAGCUUUCACCCCCACUUGUUUCAAUUCUUGCAUCCAAUGAAUGAACAAUCUGAAAUGCAGUUUUAAGAGAGGGGAAAAAUAAUGCAGUUUUAAGAGAGGGGAAAAAUAAGGGUGAAGGUUUUUUUAAUUACUUGUUUAUGUAUUCAAACUUAUAAAUAGAUUCAAUAAGGGAAAAAAUAUUUCAUUAAUUAGUUAUAUCAUAUAGUCUAGCAUAAAACUUAUAAAUAGAUUCAUUCUUAUGAAAAAUGAUUAUAUGAAACUAUUAUUCCACCUCAUUCAUAUCGCUUUCCAAUAGGAACAUAAUAAAUUAAAUUUUUCCGAUAA